ACAACAAGAGAAGUCCAGCAGGACAGAGUCCGCAGAGAGACCCUUCCCACUUAGCAUCCACUGUGUUUGUAGCUACGUUAGCUCUGGCAUUAAGUUAGUUGACCAGCCUUCAGCCGGCUGGACGCACAAAAGCAGUGGAGAUUUUUUUUUUUUUUAAUAACUACCAUACAGACGAGUAGAGCAGCAGGUGAACUGAGUAAGAUUUCGGGUGGACGAUAUAUCGGUGGAGAUGUGUAAUAAGCUGCAUUGGACACUAAGGACUUACCUGGCUGCCGGUCCAUCAACUGACAGCUGUCACCGCACCUAGAUGCUUGAGCUAGCUGGCUAGGUGAGCUAACGGCUAACAAGUGUGUUUUUUCGGGCUAAUUCAGCCAGCCAGUGCUGCCGCUCCCGGUUCAGACUGGAAAGCGGCGACUUCCGCAUGAAGCUUGUAUCUUAUUGUUUUAUCAACAAUAUUUUGACUCCGGCUGCUGUUCAAACUAUGAGUUAACUAACAGUUGUCCGGAGAGUGUCGGACAGCAGUGUUCAGGGGGGUUAUUUUGAGGUUCGGCUAGUUAGCUAACAUUUAGCUCGAAGCUAGCUCAUUCAAUUAUUGAAAAAUUGCUAAAGCGUUAACGCCAGCACCUCAACGACCAGCGGCGGGGUUCACCCACCUGUUGUUAACGAUAUUAAUACAUUUUGGACUUGAUUCGUGCUUUGGAUAACCUCUGGGGAGAUGAAGAAAUUUUUUGAUUCUCGCCGGGAGUUGGUGAGCUCUGGGCCUGGAUCCGGAGCCGGUGGAGGAGGCGCUGGUUCCGGCGGCGGUGGCAGCUUCAUCGGACGGGUCUUUACCAUUGGACGAUAUCAAGUGACCGUCGAGGAAAUUGUCGCUGAAGGAGGUUUUGCCAUAGUUUUUUUGGUGCGGACUCAUCAGGGCCUACGUUGUGCACUAAAAAGGAUGUAUGUCAACAAUGAACACGAUCUGCAAGUCUGCAACCUUGAGAUACAGAUUAUGAGGGACCUAGUGGGCAACAAAAACAUAGUUGGUUUCCUGGACUCCAGCAUAACUGCAGUUGGAGCUGGCGAUGUGUGGGAAGUCCUAAUCUUAAUGGACUUCUGUCGAGGUGGGCAGGUGGUUAACCUAAUGAACCAGCGGUUACAGACGGGCUUCACUGAAGCCGAGGUGUUACAGAUCUUUUGUGACACGUGUGAGGCGGUUGCUCGUCUCCACCAGUGCAAGACUCCAAUCGUCCAUCGAGAUCUCAAGGUGGAAAAUAUUCUUCUGCAUGACCGGGGACACUAUGUGCUUUGUGAUUUUGGAAGUGCCACCAACCGCUUCCAAAACCCUCAGACAGAGGGGGUGCCAGUCGUGGAGGAGGAAAUCAAAAAGUACACUACUCUGUCAUACCGCGCUCCAGAGAUGGUCAACCUCUAUGGUGGGAAGAUCAUCACAACAAAGGCAGACAUUUGGGCCAUGGGUUGUCUACUUUAUAAGCUGUGCUACUUCACACUUCCUUUUGGGGAGAGCCAAGUAGCUAUCUGUGAUGGGAGUUUUACUAUCCCAGACAACUCCCGCUACUCCCAGGACAUGCACUGUCUCAUCAGAUACAUGCUGGAACCUGACCCAGAUAAGAGACCAGACAUCUACCAAAUAUCCUACUUCGCCUUUAAACUUGCCCGACGAGAGUGUUCAGUUCCAAAUGUGCAUAAUUCACCUAUUCCUGCAAAACUUCCUGAGCCUAUCAGAGCCAGUGAAGCUGUGGCCAAAAAGAGUCAAACCAAAGCCAGGCUCACAGACCCCAUUCCUACCAUGGAAACCUCAAUUGCACCUCGGCAACGACCCAAGGCUGGCCAGGCUCAGCCUCAGCCGAUAUCAGGCAUUCUUCCCAUCCAGCCAGCUCUCACCCCGCGCAAGAGACCCAAUGUGGCUGCUGGAGCACCCCAGGCCAUAGGUGUUUGCAUGAAUGUCCCACCAACAGCUGCAGCUGCUGUCCAACCUGCUCAACAGGCUCCUGCACAGCCAGUUCAGACUGCCAACAUGCAGCCGCAGGCUACACCGCAGCAUCAGCAGCUCCUCAUGAAGCAGCAGCAAGUCGCUGCCUUCUUAAGCCCGCAGAGUAACCAGCAGCAUCAACUGGUGCAGAGCCUCCAGCAACAGAAACAGCAAACAGCAUCUCACCCGUCUUCCCUGCUGCAGUCCAAAGCUAAGCCUGUUCCUCCAGUUGUUGCCCUGCAACUGCAACACCACCAGCAGCAACAGCAUGUAACCUCUGUCCAUGAAACAGCAGCUUCUCAUCUGACCCCCAUCCCUGAAUCUGCAGUCGUUGGUACUGCAGCUGCCCCAGAGAUCGUGACGGCUGGCAGAGUGAUUCACAAAGUCGGCUCAUUGACACCCCCCUCGUCGCCAAAGAUGGCCCCUAAGAGCGGCCACAGACGCAUCCUGAGCGAUGUCACUCACAGUGCCGUGUUUGGGGUCCCAGUCAGCAAGUCCACCCAGCUACUCCAGGCAGCCGCAGCUGAGGCCAGCCUCAACAAGUCCAAAUCAGCCAGCACUACUCCUUCUGGUUCCCCCUGCUCGUCCCAACAGAGUGUGUAUCAUCCAGGUGAUAGUGAUGUCCAAGCAGCCUUUACUGCACCCAACCCGCAGCCCAGCUGGAACCCAUUUGGGGAUGAUAACUUCUCCAAGCUAACAGCGGAGGAGCUGCUUAACAAAGACUUUGCAAAGCUAGCUGAGACUGCUGCACCAGGAGAGAAGGCCACAGGCUCCAGUGAAAAUCUCAUUCCAGGCCUCAAUGCUUUUCCAGAGAAGCUGAUUGAGGGACUGAAGUCCCCUGAAAUUUCUCUGCUGCUCCCUGACCUCUUAACCCUGGCUGACCCCUUCAAUAGUUCGGCAGAGAGCUCCACCAAUGUGAAGGCAGAGGUGUGUGUGGAUUCACUGAUUCCUGGUUUGGGAGCCCCCCAGGCCCAGCGACAUUCAGGCCAGCCAGAGCUCAUCCCGGCCAGCAUGCCAGACUCUCUCACUGGGGAGGACUCCCUGCUGGGUUGCGAUCUGUUAUCUCAUACUUCACCUCAUGGAAACCAGUCUGUUUCUGCUCUCCCUUCCUCCUCCUGCUCUUCUGCUCCUCCUGGCUCCGGCUCUGGAUCCUGUCUGGAGGAGCUACCGCCGGGUCAGACAGCUUCUGACUCUGCUUUCCUCAUGUCGUGUGGGGAGAAAGGCAAUGAUGACGAGUUUGACCCUAUUCCCGUGCUCAUCUCCAAAAACUCAAAUCAAGAUGUGCAAGGGGAGAGUAAUGGCUACUCUGUGCUUGGUGAGGGACAAGAGACUGAACCUCCAGAAGAAUCUCAAAUAAACGAGGGAUGUGUGCACUCCAGCGAUGAAGAUGAGGAGAAAGAAGCCUGUAAGGAAGAGCAGCAGGAGGAAGGAGUCAUUGAGAGUCAUGAAGCAGCCCAUGACUGCAGUGGCUCCAGACCUCUGCUGCUGGACUCUGAAGAUGAGGAAGAACCAGGACCUCAGUUAGCCCUCCUCCCAUCAUCGCAGUCCAACACAGCACCAACACAACCAUCUACUACCUUCCAUCAACCUACACCGAGCACAUUUGCUCAGAAUCAUUCCCAGCAUGUACACGAGCCAGCAAAGGGGGCAGAAGUCCCCACAGAUGUUUUCUCUCAAGCCCUCUUUCAGAUUAAGCAAGAAGAAGCAUGCGAUGUGUUCGCCAAUGCUCCGUUUCCGCGUCCCGCCCUUUCGGCUCAGCAGCAGCUCGAUGUGUUCUCUCAGGCUCCCUUCGGAAAACGAAAGGAAGCUACAGGAGCUCACCCCAAGACCUCAUAUCCUCAUGCAGCUGGAGCUCAAGGUGUAUCCCCUGAUCAAGGUGUGUUGGGACAAGUCGCCCAACAACCGUUCCGUCCUCAAGCUCUGGCCAAAUAUUCCCGACACUUUGAGGGACCUGUGCCGCAGCAGCCAGUAGCAGCUCAUAAAGUAGUGUCUAACGUGAGCAGGCAAGCCGCUGUGGCGUCAGUCCCUGUUGGACCUCUUCACUCAUGGACCUCAGACGUGAGCACUGUAGACCCUUUCGUCUCUGCACCCUUUCACCUCAAGGCCCCGCAAGAAAAGCCCUGAACGCACACUCAGAGAGGUCAGAGCAGUGGGUAUCGGCGCCACUUAAUUAUGCAAACUCUAACAGGCGUACUGCAUGCUGUCACCAGCGCUGCAGCUGGACUGCAGGCCUGCAUGGAUCUCAUUCUUAACUGGCUCCAAUUAGUUCUGAUAGUGCUAGGUCAUCUUCACACUUGAAUGCUCCAUUAGAGUAAGAAAACUGACAUCAUUCCCAGAUUCCGAGUCACUUUUUUGUUUUUUUCUGUCACAUCCGUUUACCUUUUGAAUUGUCCUUAAUCCUUUUGGUACGUACAUUUACACAAAGACAAUGUGGUGGACAGGCAUUUGAUUGUUUUCCUGCCUACCUCAGUUACCUUUUGUGUCAGCUAAAUACCACACAGUGAGGGAGUGGAGAUUGUCUGCCGCUUUCCUGUAUAUUUGAGCUUUACUGUGAAAUUAUGAUCUGAUAACGCCUCACUCCUCCAUCGCAUAAUCAGCCUAGUUCUCAGAUAGGAUGGAUUCAGCUUGAAUCACAAGAUCAUGACUUCACAGAAGCUUGGAAGAGGAAACGACACUGUAAAGCACUGAGUGAGUGAAACACAUCCGCAGUCUCUCAACACUAUAUUUGAUUGAGAUUUUUGCGACAAGAUGUUUCAGUGGAAUUUAUCUGUAAUGACUCAAAACAAUAAAUCUUUGAACGGCCUUACAGUUAUGCCGUCAAAUUUAAAAGAUUUGUUUGUUAUGAAGCAGAUGCUGGAUAAUGACAUUUCAAAGAUAACAUUUGUUGAUAUGAAACUUUUUUUUGUUCCAAGUUGUUUGCAUUUUUGUCAUGUGUGUUAUGUUUGUGGUCACUGUCCUGUCUGAUGAAAUUGGAAUAUCAGUGUUUAUUCCAUGUAACGUACGAGCCGUAUAUAAAUGGUAGGCAUAGAAAACGCAUUAUAGUAGUUCUUAUGUUAUAUACGAUGUGGAAGAUUUACUUUUGUUUGUUACUUUACAAGAUGAUAUCGCUGAAGCCUUACACUCUUACAGUACUUCCCUCCUACCACAUCAGACAGCACAAAUCACUUUUGCCUUUUGUGCCCUCUUUAAAAAGAAAAAAACUGCUGCAUUUACAUCGUUUUAUUGCACUUGCAUUCACCACCAAAUACUUGCGUACAUUCAUGUACAACUUCUUUAUUGACUUUCAUUCAACUCCAUCAUAGACAUCUCUGUAAACUCCAUAUGUGUACUGUGAUUCACACUUAGAACAAAUAAAAAUGUAAACUGCAACUUAAAAAAAAAUGCUUUCCUGCAGUCACACAAAUAUCUACAGCACUUAUGCUAAGCAGUUCCAGUCAGGGAUUGUAACAGUAGUAUCGUGUAAGUGAAAUCUUGAAUGGUGACCGAUUGAUGACAUUCCUUUUUGAAUUUAUUUCCAUCGCCAUUUGGGAAUAUUUUAUUGUCUUUGUGCUUUGUAAAAUCAUGGAACACUUUUUGGUUCCCACCAUGGCACUUUUAAGAAAAGGGGAUCCAACCUGUUUCAACCCAAAGUUUAAUUCAUGUUUUCCUCUGUUGCAAUGUAAAGUCCUCCGUUUUCUUUUCUUUUUGAAGUGUACAAUCUUUUUUUUUUUUUUUUAAAUUCUCACUUUUCUCACCCAACUUGUAUACAUGAAGGUUGCACAUAGUCAUUGACACAGAGUCAGGGUUCCCUAAGAAUGUGUUUUGACAGCUGUAAAAUGUAUUUCGAACAGUGUUGUAUUGGAAGUCUUUGGAGAAUUCGACAUGUUGGACAAAAAAAAGCACUCGAAAUACUUGUUAUGCUGCACAGCCUGCCUUUGAAAACUAUGUUGUAAGUCGUAAAAAAAACAAACUAUUAAAUGAAUGUAAAUCAAA